UCCCCUUGUUUCCUCCAUAACAACAGGAUAGAGAAAGAGACAGAGGAGUUCUGCUUUCCAGUACCUUACAUCACCCAGACAAUUGGCAGCCAGGAGAUGGCAGCUGCCACUCUUCAGAUAUCUAUUUAAAGUUCAAAGAGACACUGGAUAACAAUAACAGAGGUAAGCGUGGCCCUGACCAGCCCACCCAACAACACAAAGAAUGGCUGAAAAAGCAGAGUCCACAUUCUCACACCUCCUGGUCCCCAUUCUUCUCUUGAUUGGCUGGAUUGUGGGAUGCAUCGUAAUGGUAUAUGUUGUCUUCUCUUAGAAAGGCAGGAAGACUUCAGAUUGACAUCAUUUUGAAGAAUUAAGAAAAAUAUGAAAAUAACAAAUUAUUAAAUGUUUCUCAUGUAAAUAACUGCACUGUUUGACAUCAGUUUAUAAACUUGGAUUUGUAAACUGGUACUUUGGUGUGCAUAAGAAUAUCUUAGAAACAUGUUUAAG